AUGGCCUCCCACCGCAUCGGCGCCCGCCUCGCGGGCCUCUCGCAAGAGCAGCUGAUCGAGCUGAUCGACAAGCAGGCGCCGCUCUGGAGCGCCGCCGCGCUGCGCGUGGCGGACGAGCACGCCGCACGGCUCGUGGAGCAGCCUGAGUGGGUGCUCUCCGAGGUCCUCCUCUCGCCGGACCUCGCCCCGCACAUCCUCGCCCAGCUGCCGACCAAGGAGCACUCGGUCAAGGCGACCUUGAUCGGUCACACCGCCAUCGCGCAUGGUCGCCGACGCCAGCACGACGCCGCCACGGCUGAGGCGGUGAGCGACGCUCGCGCGCGGUACGCCGACCCGUCGUCCAACUGGCGCUCGCUCAGCGAGUCCACGAACUUCGAGUGGAAGUUCCUCACGCCGCUCGUUUGGGCGCCCGCCUUUCCAUUCCUACGGCGUGCACCGCCCUCUGUGCGGCCGUACGUCUUUGGUGGCGCCAUCCUGGUGGCCAACAUGCACGGCUUCUGGCUGAUCAACAAUCCAGACUUGAGUGAACUGUAG